AUGGAUAGUAUUGCUACUGGACGUCUCUCUGUCUGUACCAGCGCCGCUUCGCUCACUUGGAAUGGUCCAAUCCUCUCGGCGACAUGGCCGCUUGUUUGCUCUGUGCUCGCGCCAAUCCCAAACGCCAAUAAAUCGAAACGACAAAGUAUGCUCAAUGCACCAGCCCGACAGGUUGUGCGACGGCUGUGA